AUGUCGUUGUUGUCACUAAGGUCCCGGUCACGAUCUGGCGCUCCUCAUUGGGUAUACAUGUUCUUGUACCAUAUCUUCACGAUACCGAAGAUAUAUUCACUGCCGUUGAUAACCGGAUCACAUGCACUCAAUUCUAGAGAUGUUGCCGACUCCGGCCAUAGCGUAGGUGAUGAGGCGAGCGUAACCACGUACUAUAUUAUCUCUAUCAUCCUGGUGCUGCUGGGUGGUGUAUUUGCUGGGUUGACGCUUGGGUUGAUGGGUCAAGACGAAGUUUACCUGAAGGUUAUCAGUACUUCAGGCUCGAAUUCUGAGAAGAAACUGGCCAAGCGGGUGCUUGACCUAAUAUCUAAGGGGAAACAUUGGGUUCUGGUCACGCUACUUCUUUCCAAUGUUAUAACUAACGAAACGCUACCUAUCGUUUUGGAUAGGUGUCUCGGAGGCGGUUGGCAAGCUGUAGUGUCGUCAACGAUUCUAAUUGUUAUUUUCGGUGAAAUUAUUCCGCAGAGUGUCUGCGUUAAAUACGGGUUGCAAGUCGGGGCAUUCUUCUGCCCCUUUGUUCUUGUACUGAUGUAUUUGAUGUACCCGGUCGCGUAUCCGAUUGCGACUCUCCUGGAUUAUAUGCUGGGUGAAGAUCAUGGUACCAUGUACAAGAAGUCCGGCCUGAAGACUUUGGUCACCUUGCAUAGGACCAUGGGUGUGGAACGGUUGACUAAAGACGAAGUCACGAUCAUCUCUGCUGUCUUGGAUCUGAAGGCAAAGAGGGUCGAGGAAAUUAUGACUCCGAUUGAAAACGUGUUUACAAUGAGUGCUGAUACCAUCCUAGACGACAAAACUGUCGAAAAGAUAUUCAAUUCAGGGUUUUCCAGAAUCCCAAUUUUUUUGCCCAAUGAACCGAAUAACUUCAUUGGCAUGUUACUUGUCAGGGUGCUUAUUUCCUACGAUCCUGAUGAUUGCCUUCCAAUCUCCCACUUUCCCUUGGCCACGUUGCCGGAAACUUCCCCCAACACGUCUUGUUUGAAUAUUCUGAAUUACUUCCAGGAGGGAAAAGCUCACAUGUGUGUCGUUAGUAAAGAGCCGGGCUCCUCGCAUGGCGCUAUUGGUGUUUUGACCUUGGAAGAUGUCAUUGAAGAGUUGAUUGGUGAAGAAAUCGUGGACGAGUCUGAUGUCUUUGUCGACAUGCAUCAGCAUAUUAUGAGACAACAACCGGGACCCUUGAGCAAAAGGCACAUUACUUCCUAUUUACAUCAUUUAUACACCAGCUCUCACAAGGAACACCGUGCUCCAGACCAUACCGAUGAAUCUUCUCCACUCUUGUCCCCAUCUAAUUCCAAUCACCCGUCUGUGCACCUACAGCAAGAUUUGAACAGUAAGUCUUGGAAACGGAAGUCCAACGAUGGUUACGAUAGGUCCAACGCUGUCUUAUCCCCAACUCCACAACCAACAGAACAUGGCACCAUCAUACCUUCAAAUCUAGCGUCCAACCCAUUGAACGUAAAUAAAUCUUUUGUCACGAUUAAAAAGCCCGCUAACGUCCCGAAGAUUAUUACUACUCACACUCCUCAUUCUAGCAAAGAACCUUCUCCAGCACCACACUCAAAUGGUAAGUCACUCUCCGCCGAAGAACAACAACUAUUAAGUGAUCAUGCAGAACUGUCCCACCAAGCUAUCCUCCACACUCAAAGGUCAGGUGAACCCACUCAAGUCACUACCUCGACAAAAACCACGAGAAAUAGCCCUGACAGCAUAUCAAUUCCAAACUCUGACACUGAUCACCUCAACGAAAACCAAAACGUCACAAUCUCAUCCUCUUACCAAAACACCAAGAAUGGUAUCGUUGAAUCUGUGAUCACAGUCAAAGGUGUCCCCAAAACGAUCAUUGGCCCCGCAAAGGAUUGGGACGAAUCCAAAAGUGAACAUGAUAAUGAAAAUAUCAACCAAGAAUAUUCAAAUCGAAGUGACGAUAGAGAAAGUUCAAGUUCGAACGCAAGUUUGUUUUCCAGUAUUAAAAAUAAAUUUAAAAACGAGAAUACUAACAACAAUGAUCGUCCUAAUUACACCGAAUCUUUGUCAAGAACCUCCAAUUAUGAAGGUAACGGCUCUUCCUCAACCAUGAAAAGGUGA